UUUCAUACAAGAUCAAAAUGAUGAGACUCGCAAGUGAGGUGGAUUGAUUUCGGCUGAUAAUCAAGCAGUCAGUAACAUUAAAACGAACCCAGAUCGGCUAUUAAACGUGAUGACUAGGUACUCUGAUUCUAAUCAUGGCUCUGUCGUACUGACCCAACUGCACUCGCUUCGGUCGGAAGGUCUUCUGACAGAUGUCUCUUUGCAGGUCAAUGCCGACCUAUUCCCUUGCCAUAGGAGCGUGCUGGCAGCAUGCAGUCCUUACUUCAAGGCCAUGUUUACUGGGGGGAUGUCCGAAAGCCAUCAGGAGACAGUGGCUCUCCAGGACGUUGAGUCAUCUUCGCUGAGGCUACUCCUAGACUUCCUCUACACAGGAAACAUCAUCCUGGACGACCAGAACGUCCAAGAUGUCUUCAUUACUUCAAAUUUGCUGCAGGUGGUCCCACUCAUCCACUUCUGUGCAGAGUACUUGGAGAAAUCUCUCAGCAUCGCUAACUGUAUCGGAAUGUACUGCCUUGCCACCGUAUACUCCUGCACAAGUUUGUUGGAAACAUCCUGGGAGUACAUUAAUUACAACUUUAUCCUUGUGAGUAAGCAGGAAGAGUUUCUGAAUGCACCUGGCAACGUUGUUCAGAGCAUUGCAAGCAGUCGUAUGCUGAAUGUCAGUUCUGAAGGAGAUGUCUUUGAAGCUAUGUUCCAGUGGUAUGAGAAAGAUCCUACUAGCAAGGUCUGUACAGCUCAGGAGAUCCUUAAACAUGUUAACAUGGAGUCUCUUGAUAGGACACAAGUUGCAAGGGCUAGGAAAGAAGGUUUAAUGCCUUUGGCUUCGGAAGUGGGACCCACUACAGCAGACUCUAAUCAAGGCUUUGGUAGCGGGUCACAUGGUUUGGCUUCCCCGUCUUCUUUACAGAAAGCAUCUGAACCUUGUUCAAGGUUGGGUAUGAGUGCACAAGAGCUUAUUUUAAUGGCUGGCAGACAUGGACGCCAAAAUACAAUAUUCUGUGUUCAUUUGCCCACCAGGAAGUGCUAUUUCCUAGAAUUGCCACCAAUCUGUAGAACGUUUGGAGCCUUGGUGACAGUAGUGGACAAUGAGGUCUAUGCUAUCACCAAUGACUAUCAAGACAAGAGCAUGUUCCAUUACAACCACAUACGAAAGAAAUGGAUAGCAGUCGCCCAGCGUUUGCAAGGACGCACCGACUUCCAACUCCAGGUAGUCAACGGUAAUAUCUAUAUUUUGGGAGGACUUAACGACUGGGAAAUCCUUAACAGUGUGGAAUGCUAUGAUCCCUCUGCAGACGAGUGGAAGUUCAUGACCCCUAUGCCUCGCGAUGUGAUAGAUUUUACCAGUGCGGUGUACCGUGAUAGCAUCUAUGUUUUCUCCGGUAGCAGGACUAUGAGCUACAAUACCGUAACCGAUCUGUGGACAGCGACCUUACCCGCGAUGACUACCCCUCGGCUUCGGUCCGCGUGCGUGACUCACGGCAAUGAGAUAUGGGUGAUUGGUGGUUCCUCGGCCCAGUCCAGCACUGAAGUCCCAUGCAUACAGGUGGAGAAGUACCUCCCAGACGAAGGCAAGUGGGAGAACGGUGGAUACCUCCCAAGCCUCAUGAAGUUCUGCCUGGCAACGGUCUACCAGAAUGAGCUCUACCUGUGCGCUGUCUGGUGUGGGGUGCAUGAGAUGGGGGUGAUGGUACCUGUUCAACUCCAUCCUCAGUUUGAUCUCUACCUCUAUAACAGCCAAGGAGCCACGUCCACAUUUAAUGACGUUGGUAUUGAUAUUCCUUUGCAGGAUGUUCUUUCUUGCAGCACUGCAAGGUUAUUCACUGAGAACAUUACACCCGUUGUGCAAAGAUAAAUUAAUUACUUUAUUUUGUUUUACCCAAGUUUUUUUAAAGGUAUUAUCUGUAUUCUCUCUAAUACCCUGUUAUGUUUUUUAUAUUCCGAUCUGAAAUCAUGUUUGAUUACAAAAUCGAACAAACAAGAUUUUAGUCAUGGGGGUAGUUUACAGGUAUAAUAUUAGGGGGUACAUGUAUUAGUCCUGAUAUGGCUAGAGAAAAGGGAUUUUCAUGCACACCUGAAUUAAGAUUCUAGAAUUGUUUAUUUUUAUAUUAUUAAAGUAUUAAUUGACAUAGUUGAAGAAAUUUGCUUUUCUCUGGAUGUUAGUGCAACCUUGUGAUUAUUGUGAACGAUACAUGGGGGGGGGGGGGGUGUAGGCUAUUUUGAAAUACAGUACAAAUGUUAGAAUUACAUUGUUGGUAUCUCUUGUAGAUGUACAUGCUUUUUUGGGGGGGUAUUUGUAUGCUUGCAGUACCAUCAUAUCCGAAGGCCUUUUCUAGAAUUGUCUACAAAUUACUAUUGAGAAACCCAUUGUGUUUGACGUGCUAGAGCAGUAUUUUGUAUGAUCAUUGCACAAAAAGUAGUGUUCCAUUAUUUUAUAGGAACCGUUUUACUCAUAUUCAGAAAUUUCCACAGUAUGUUUAAUUAUGGCAGGACCAUUAUCAUGACGGUAGACCCUAGAUGUGUACAGUAGCAGCCUGGCAUCGCGAUGACAUUGUACAGAUAAUUACAUGGAUUUUUUUUCUUAAAAUUUACAAUAUUAAAAAUAUAUACAUUUACUGUACUCAUUGUAAUAUAAUUAUCAUCAUUAUCAUCUUUUUAGUAAUGUUUCCGGUAAUUGUUUUGAAAAAGCAGUUCCAACAGAUGUUAUGAAUCAUAAGGUACCAUAGCGCUUACAAAUACAAAUAUAUGAAAAGAGGACAAAAAUGUACAGUACAGGAAUGUAUAUCACAUAGAUCAUUGGGGGAAAAGGCGAGUUUGAGGGAUUUCUGGUUUCGUGUCAUUUGUUCUUUACCUGUCUAUCAUUGCUAAUAAGUAUAUUGCUUGAUUGUCAAAAAUCAAAAUACACAUUUGGUCAAAAAUCUGUGUCCAAACUCUGUGAGCUGGAAAAGAUUUGUUACAUGUAAAUGAAAAAAAGGGAAUUGUCCACUGUCAUCUCAAGCCAGGGAACUCUAUGCC